AUGCCUGCGUCCACGGCAACUGUUCAGACUCCUGCUGCUUCUACCACCACCGACGCCAGCCGCCGUCGUAGCAAGAAGAACCUGCCUUACCACAAGAAGCGCGCCGCAAAAAAGUCAGCCAAGGCUGCCGCUGCCGCUGCUGCUGCCGCCGCCGUUGCCCAAGAAAAGUCGGCUGAUCUGUCCAGCAGUAUGAAUCUCGCCCGCUCUCUCGUUCACCCCAGCGAGAUUUUCAGCUUGGUCAACUUUCAGCUGCUCGGGGGCAAGGAGCGCCUUUUCCCUCCAAAUGACCAAACCGAGGAGACAGCCAACAUGCAGCGAUGCUACUACUGGCUCGAUAAGACAUCGCGUAGCUUCUCCGCCGUCAUCAAGGCCUUGCACCCCGACAUUCGCCGUGCCGUGUGCAUUUUCUACUUGGUCCUGCGCGGACUUGACACGGUGGAGGAUGACAUGAGCCUCGACGAGAACAUCAAGAAGGACCUUCUCAAGUCUUUCCAUGACAAGCUCUUCGAGCCUGGCUGGACCUUCAAAGGCAUUGGCCCUCAGGAGAAGGACCGCCAACUGCUGGUUGAAUUUGAUGUGGUCAUUGCCGAAUUUCUCCGGCUCGAGACCAAGUACAGCGAAGUCAUUGCCGAUAUUUGCAAGAAAAUGGGUGCUGGUAUGAUCAAGUUUGCCCACAAGCAAGUAGAGACGGUCGAUCACUACAACCUGUACUGCCACUACGUGGCCGGCUUGGUUGGAAUCGGCCUUUCGCGUCUCUUUAGCGUGAGCAACCUUGAGAGCGAGAUGGUUGGCAAGGACGUCGAGUGCUCCAAUUCCAUGGGUCUCUUCCUGCAGAAGACCAACAUCAUCCGUGACUACCACGAGGAUCUUGUGGAUGGUCGCACCUGGUGGCCGCAUCAAAUCUGGUCCCUCUACGCUGGCAAGCUGGGCGACUUUGUGGAGCCGCAGCACGAGGCCGCCGGCCUCAAGUGCCUCAACCACCUCGUAGCCGAUGCGCUCGACCUCGUGCCUGAGGUCUUCAAGUACAUGUCCCGUCUUCAGGACCAGAGUAUCUUCAACUUUUGCGCCAUUCCCCAGGUGAUGGCCAUUGCCACCCUCUCACUGUGCUACAACAACCGCAAUGUCCUUCAUCGCAACGUCAAGAUCCGCAAGGGUCAGGCCGUGCAGCUCAUGAUGCGCGCCACCAACAUGACUGCCUUCUACGAAAUCUUUGAGGAACAUUGCCUCGAGCUCAAGGCCCGUGCCCCCUCCAAUGACACUCGCACGCACCACGCUCUCGAUCGUAUUCUGAGCUUGAUCAAUGCCCAGCGCACAAAGGGUGCGCUCCCCGCUCCUAGCCAGACGGUCUCAGUGCUGCCCUGGAUUAUGGGUGCCGCAGCGCUCGGCGGUGCAGCCUAUUUCGCUCACCGUCGCUACGGUCUCUUCUGAGAAGGCCAUCAAUGUUUGGGUCCAUGACCAUGCAUAUGAUGCAGACGGUCAAUAUUCUGUUUACGUUUGACGCUCCGUCUUGGGCGUUUAGAGGGGAGGUGGAGCCUGAUGCCUAACGACUGAGCAGCGCUCAGAUGCAUCCUGAUUCCGCUGCUUCUCCGUAUUGUUUUCUUUCUUUUUUUUUUUUUUUUGCUCUUUGUCUCUGCCUGCUUGGCCCCAAUCGAAUUCGCCUCGUA